AUGAUAGUUGCUCUGCAUACUGUAAUUGUUAAUUUUGCAAACAUAAUAGUUAAGCAUAUCCACUAAAGUAUAUUAGAGCACCAAUAAAUAAACAUUUAUAAUCUAAUAUCUACAGUGAUAUAACUUUGUAUAAAGUGCAUACCAGCAGAAGGCAUUAAGAGGCAACUAAAUGUGACCCAUAGCAAAUCUAUUAAAUAAAAACGAAUACAUCUCAUAUUUAAACCUACAAAAACGAUAUAACUCUUUAAUUCUUAAUAUAUUUUGAUUGAUUAAAAAAUUGAGAAAUCAAAAAUAAGCACAUCAAUAAUGAGGAAAUUUAAUAUUCUCCUUUUGAUUCUAGUAGGCCUUAUACUUUCUAAUCACUUUAUCUAAGCUACAAGAGAAAGCUUAAACGACUCUUAGGAUAGAGAUGAAAGUAAAGAUGAAGAUGAUGACGGAGAUAAUUAGUAAAAAAACAACAAAGGUCAUAAAAAUGAUGAUAAUGAUGAUGAUGAUGAAGAUGAUAAAGAUAAUAAAAAAGAUAAAAAUGACAGUAAUAGCAAUUAAGAUGAUGAAGAUAAAGCUAAUGAUAAUGAUAAAAUAAAUAAAAAGAAAGGAAAUGGCAAAAAAGCCCAUAACAAUAAAAAUAAAUAAAAAAAUGACAAUUCUGACAAAGAUGACAAAAAUGAUGAUAAGAAAAAAUAAGACAAAAAAGAUGAUAAAAAAAACAAGGAAAAGUAAGAGAAGAACGAUACUAAGAAGAAUAAUGGUGAAGAAAACUAAGAUGAAUAAAUUAAAUAAAAAGUAUCUGAAAAAGCAGGAGAUAGUUUAGAUCAAAUAUAAGACUCUAUAACAAAUAUUGGUGAUAAUAUUUCUGCAGGUUUAGAUGAUGCUUUUAAGCUUGAAAACUAAGAAUAAGAGUUUUUCGCGAAUAAGAAAUUUAAAGAUUUUGAGAAAGGAUUACACAAAAACAGUGAAAAUAAAAUAUAAAAGUAAGCAACAAUAGGUGAAAAAAUCAAGCAUAAUUCUAAAGCACAGGAUAAAACCAAACAUGAAAAAAUUCAAUAAUAACCUGUUUAAAAAGAAAAUUAAGUUGAAGGUAAAUCAGAAAAACUUGAAAAGGAAGCAUAUCAAUAAAUGUAUGUUGAAGAUACUCAGAAAUACAUCUAAGAUAAUUUUAAAGAUGUGAUUGAAUACAUCUUUUAAAAAGAUGAAAAUUUUAUAGAAUAGAAUUAACUUGUAGAAGAAAGUAAAUCUAAGUAAAAGUUAUUACAAACACAUGAUAAAGAUAAAAAGAAAAAAGAUAAAAAGAAACACGACCAAAAGAAUAAUUCUGAUGUUGCUACCACUGAAGUAGUUAAUAAUGGAAUUACUAGUGAUGUUAGUACUCUUUCUGAUUCAAUUUCUUAAGGAAUGUCUGACCUAGGGCACGCAAUAACUAAUCCUUCUGAAAUCUUUGAAGAUGCUUCUGAUAUUACUAAAGAGUCUUUGUAAACACCAAACGAAGUAAUUAAUCAAACAGAAAAUGCUGCAAGUUAAUUAUCAGAAAUGUCUGAAGGAUCUGGUGAAGCUCUAACUAAAGCUCCUAUAGAAUCAAUUAAAACUCCUGUUGAUUAUGUUAAUAAGUAAAUUGAUGAAGAAAAAGAAAAUUAAAUCAAAAAAAAGAAAGAUAAAAAUAAAUUUCUUCAAAUAAAUCUACCAUACAAAAGAAAAUUGAAAAAGCAAUGUAAUUGCUCAAAAGGAAAUAAGAACUGUAUUUAAAAUGAUUAGUAGAUGAGUCUAAAUGUCUAAGUAAAAUAAACUUAAUCCAAAUAAUGUGGUUGCGGAGGAGGAAGUACUCAGACUACUUCUACUACUAAGCCUAAAAAUAGAGAUAAUUGA